GGCAGCGAAAGGGAACGAGGCGGUGGCGGGCGGAGGCGGCGAGCGAGGGCGACCGCGACCAGUGAGGCAGCCGCUGCUGCGAGGGCCGCAGCCCAGGCGCGGGGGCGACAACAGUUGAGAAAAUGAAAAGGACUCUUUCUUCGUCAUGGCGUGGAGGUUUUGUUGAAGGCAGACUUCACAAGAUGCCAUCAUUGGGCCUUUUCUGAGCAUAACAGUGCAGGAAGUGGGGCUUUUUCUUCUAAUAAAGGAAGUCAUGUAAAAUUACAGUAAGUAGUAAUGGUAUUAAUCUACAAACAUAUCCUAUGUCCAGAACAGAUGUUUAAAAUACUUAAAGAUGCUAUAUAAUUUAUUAAAUGAAAUAACUAAUUAAUAAAUAGAUGAUAAAUUUCUUUGCCAACUUUAAUUUUUAUUUACCCUUAGAAAUGUUACCUGUAGUGUGCUUUGAUUUAAGUUAUCAUUAAUAAGUAACACCAUUAUGGAUAAUGAGUCAAAAUGAACUUUGUAAGUUUAAGGCCAGUCUGAGAAUGAAAUAAAGCUAAUACCUUUUUUUUGAAUAUUGCUGUUUGCAAAUAAGAUUUGGUUGACAGUUGUUUCUGUUUGAUGCUAAGCUUCGUGACUGUGAACUCCCUAAAAUUAUAUAUAAAUUUUAAGUUUCAGAGUCUCAACAGGUUCAGUGAACAAAAGCCACCAAGAACCACUGAUGUGGAGGAAGAAGCACUAACUUUGGUGUCAGAAGAUGCAUGGGUUCAUCCUUCCAAUCUAGCUUCCUAUCUGGUCAUGAGCAGGUUAAAAAUCUGUAAGAACCUGAUAUUAGAAUUCACCAGCUCUUCAGAAGUUUGGCGAAAUAUGAGUUAUUAAACCUACGCUCAGAUCAAGUUAGCAGCUAGACUGGUGUGACAACCUGUUUUUAAUCAGUGACUCAAAGCUGUGAUCACCCUGAUGUCACCGAAUGGCCACAGCUUGUAAAAGAUCACCAGGAGAACCUCAGUCUGACGACAUCGAAGCUAGCCGAAUGAAGCGAGCAGCUGCAAAGCAUCUAAUAGAACGCUACUACCACCAGUUAACUGAGGGCUGUGGAAAUGAGGCCUGCACGAAUGAGUUUUGUGCUUCCUGUCCAACUUUUCUUCGUAUGGAUAACAAUGCAGCAGCUAUUAAAGCCCUCGAGCUUUAUAAGAUUAAUGCAAAACUCUGUGAUCCUCAUCCCUCCAAGAAAGGAGCCAGCUCAGCUUACCUUGAAAACUCGAAAGGUGCCCCUAACAAUUCCUGCUCUGACAUAAAAAUGAACAAGAAGGAAGGACAAGGAGCAAGAGAUGAUUUUAGAGAUGUGACUUACCUAACAGAAGAGACGGUAUAUGAAAUUCUUGAAUUAUGUAGAGAGAGAGAGGAUUAUUCCCCUUUAAUCCGUGUUAUUGGAAGAGUUUUUUCUAGUGCUGAGGCAUUGGUACAGAGCUUUCGGAAAGUCAAACAACACACCAAGGAAGAACUGAAAUCUCUUCAAGGAAAGGAUGAAGACAAGGAUGAAGAUGAAAAGGAAAAAGCUGCAUGUUCUGCUGCUGCUAUGGAAGAAGAUUCAGAAGCAUCUUCUUCAAGGAUAACUGAUAGUUCACAAGGCGAUAACAACUUACAAAAAUUAGGCCCUGAUGAUGUGUCUGUGGAUAUUGAGGCCAUUAGAAGGGUCUACACCAGAUUACUCUCUAAUGAAAAAAUAGAAACUGCUUUUCUCAAUGCACUUGUAUAUUUGUCACCUAAUGUGGAAUGUGACUUGACGUAUCACAAUGUAUACUCUCGAGAUCCUAAUUAUCUGAAUUUAUUCAUUAUUGUAAUGGAGAAUAGAAAUCUCCACAGUCCUGAAUAUCUGGAAAUGGCUUUGCCUUUAUUUUGCAAAGCAAUGAGUAAGCUCCCCCUCGCAGCCCAAGGAAAAUUGGUUAGACUGUGGUCUAAAUACAGUGCAGACCAGAUUCGUAGAAUGAUGGAAACAUUUCAGCAACUUAUUACUUACAAAGUCAUAAGCAAUGAAUUUAACAGUCGAAAUCUAGUGAAUGAUGAUGAUGCUAUUGUUGCUGCUUCAAAGUGCUUGAAAAUGGUUUACUAUGCAAAUGUAGUGGGUGGGGAAGUGGACACAAAUCACAAUGAAGAAGAUGAUGAAGAGCCCAUCCCUGAGUCCAGUGAAUUGACACUUCAGGAGCUUUUGGGAGAGGAAAGAAGAAACAAGAAAGGUCCUCGAGUGGACCCCCUGGAAACUGAACUUGGUGUUAAAACUCUGGAUUGUCGAAAACCACUUAUCCCUUUUGAAGAGUUUAUUAAUGAACCACUGAAUGAUGUUCUAGAAAUGGAUAAAGAUUAUACUUUUUUCAAAGUAGAAACAGAGAACAAAUUCUCUUUCAUGACAUGUCCCUUUAUAUUGAAUGCUGUCACAAAGAAUUUGGGAUUAUAUUAUGACAAUAGAAUUCGCAUGUACAGUGAACGAAGAAUCACUGUUCUCUACAGCUUAGUUCAAGGACAGCAGUUGAAUCCGUAUUUGAGACUCAAAGUCAGACGUGACCAUAUCAUAGAUGAUGCACUUGUCCGGCUAGAGAUGAUCGCUAUGGAAAAUCCUGCAGACUUGAAGAAACAGUUGUAUGUGGAAUUUGAAGGAGAACAAGGAGUUGAUGAGGGAGGUGUUUCCAAAGAAUUUUUUCAGCUGGUUGUGGAGGAAAUCUUCAAUCCAGAUAUUGGUAUGUUCACAUAUGAUGAAUCUACAAAAUUAUUUUGGUUUAAUCCAUCCUCUUUUGAAACUGAGGGUCAGUUCACUCUGAUUGGCAUAGUGCUGGGUCUGGCUAUUUACAAUAACUGUAUACUGGAUGUACAUUUUCCCAUGGUUGUCUACAGGAAGCUAAUGGGGAAAAAAGGAACUUUUCGUGACCUAGGAGAUUCUCACCCUGUCCUAUAUCAGAGUUUAAAAGAUUUAUUGGAAUAUGAAGGAAAUGUGGAAGAUGACAUGAUGAUCACUUUCCAGAUAUCUCAGACAGACCUCUUUGGUAAUCCCAUGAUGUAUGAUCUAAAGGAAAAUGGUGAUAAAAUUCCAAUUACGAAUGAAAACAGGAAGGAAUUUGUCAAUCUCUAUUCUGACUACAUUCUCAAUAAAUCAGUAGAAAAACAAUUCAAAGCCUUUCGGAGAGGUUUUCAUAUGGUGACCAAUGAGUCUCCCUUAAAGUAUUUAUUCAGACCAGAGGAAAUUGAAUUGCUUAUAUGUGGAAGCCGGAAUCUAGAUUUCCAAGCACUAGAAGAAACUACGGAAUAUGACGGUGGCUAUACUAGGGACUCUGUUCUGAUUAGGGAGUUCUGGGAAAUCGUUCAUUCAUUUACAGAUGAGCAGAAAAGACUUUUCUUGCAGUUUACAACAGGUACAGACAGAGCACCUGUGGGUGGACUAGGAAAAUUAAAGAUGAUAAUAGCCAAAAACGGCCCAGACACAGAAAGGUUACCUACAUCUCAUACUUGCUUUAAUGUCCUUUUACUGCCGGAAUAUUCAAGCAAAGAAAAACUUAAAGAAAGAUUGCUGAAGGCCAUCACUUACGCCAAAGGAUUUGGCAUGCUGUAAAAAAAAAAAAAAAGAAGAAGAAGAAGAAGAAGAAUGGAAAAAAAGAAAAAGAAAAAUUUUAAAUUUUAAUAAUUAUAACAAGAGGGAUGAAUUUGGUGGUGAUAAUGUCCCAGUACAAAAAGGCUGUAAGAUAGUGAACCACAGUAGUCACCUUAUGUCUGUGCCUCCCUUCUUUAUUGGGGAUAUGUGGGCUGGAACAGCAGAUUUCAGCUACUUAUAUGAACAAAUCCUUUAUUAUUAGUAUUAUUUUAUUUUAUUUUAUUUUUUUUUUUUGCGUGAAAGUGUUACUUAUUCUUUCACUUGUAUGUACAGAGAGGUUUUUCUGAAUAUUUAUUUUAAGGGUUAAAUCACUUUUGCUUGUGUUUAUUACUGCUUGAGGUUGAGCCUUUUUGAGUAUUUAAAAAAUAUAUACCAACAAAACUACUCUCCCAAGGAAAAUAUUGCCACCAUUUGUAGACUGUGUAACCUUCAACUAUGUGCUAUUUUCGUCCCUGUAUCUAACUCAAAUCAGGAACUGUGUUUUUUUUUUUUCUUUUUUUAAACAAUUUGCUUUGAAACUUGAAGUUUUGAAAACAGUGUGAUGCAAUUGCUGCUGUUCUAGUCCCCAAAGAGUUUUCUGUGCAAAAUCUUGAAAUCAAUAAAGAUGGAAGGGAGAACUUGGAAUGUUUUAACUGCAGCCCUCAGAACUUUACUUUAGUAACAGCACAACAAAUUAAAAACAACUCAUGCCACAGUA